AUAAUCCCGGUCUAUAUAGGUUCGGAAAUCCUUCGGGGUAGACAAAGUUUUCGAAACAGAAAUAUAAAACCUAUUUCUCCCCAAGGAGCUCGAGUUCCAUAACAUAUCGAGGAAGAAGAAAGGGACCCCGAAGUUUACUUCAAUUCUGAACUCUGUUCUCCUCUCCUCCGUCUCCGACGCGAUCUCCGAAUUCCUGGAGGGAUAGCAACUCGAGCGUGGUCUCGAAGUACCCCUCUUCAAUGGCUAACGAGGCAAACGUCGCGGCUGAGAAGCCAGUUGACAGGUCUCUCUCUAACAAAAAGAAUCAGAGAAGAGUUCCAAAGAAAAUACACAAAUCUGAGAGAGAGAAACUUAAACGUGACCAGCUGAAUGAGCUCUUUCUCGAGCUGGGUCAUGUUCUUGAACCAGCUCGACAGAAUAAUGGUAAGGCAACCAUAUUGGGCGAUGCUUCUCGGAUACUGCGAGAUCUUCUUGCCCAUGUAGAAUCUCUUAGAAAGCAAAAUGCUGCUUUGCUAACUGAAUCUAGCUAUGUCACUGCCGAGAGAGAUGAAAUUAGGGAUGAGAACACUGCCCUCCAGGCCGAAAUUACAGAUCUUCAAAAUGAGCUGCAGGCGAGAAUACAGUCUGGUUCCAUGUGGGCCAACAGCAUGGACAUGGGUCCUCCCACUCUGCCACAGCCUCUAAGCACCAUGCCGCCCAUGCUGCAGCAGCCACCUGUGAUCAGACCGGUGUACAGUGCCCCCAUCCAAGAGCUCCAGCUCUUUCCAGAGUCCAGAACGGCACCAGCACCGCCCACUCCUAACUCCAAUGUGAGUAGACCACAUGCCAGAUAUCCAACUCCAUCGGACUCCUGGCCGGGGCAGCUCCUUUCCAGUCUUCCAAGAACAGUACAGGAAGGCCAUCUUAGUAGUACGAGCAGCAUCAACACAACUAGCAGCAGGGAAGAAGGCUCGGAUGAAGCAUGAGAGAUACUGAGAAAUGUACCAGUAAAUUGAUAUUAUUCUUCUGAAUUAAUGUUCAGAUGAAGAGUCUCGUAGAGGCAUCAACACAAAAAUGGUGGUGCUAUUAACAGUCCAUGAGCUAUCAGAAAAAGGAAGAACAGUGUUUAUGACUUGAGAGUGGCAUUCUACUGUUCAUUAUUGAAUUCAGGCUUCUGUUAGUUUGAGUUCAUGAUUUCAUCCUACUAAAUAUGCUGUAUAUUCGUCUUAUCCUUCUAAA